CAGUUCACCUAAGUUCAGUUAAUGAGAACAGAGCUUUAUAGGUUCCUGUGUUAUAAAAUCAAGAAAUAGAGAAAAAAAAAUUAAAAAAAAAAAUCAAAACGACACCGAAAACAGUAAAGCUUGAUUGUGAAAUAGAAGAAACGACGCGUGCUUUUCCAACUCCACCACAUUUUAAUUUAUUUAUCUCCUUUUCCUUUUCUUCUUCCCCCACUCUUUCGCUUUUAUUAGCCUUCUCCUUUCUCCCGCACAUGCAAUUCUCUCUUUCUGUCUCUCUCUCUCUCUAACUUCACUUUCUCUCUCCUCCUCUUCAUACUCCUAAACGGUUGUUCACUUGUCGUUUUAUUUUUUGUUCGCCAUUUUCUCUCUCUCUCCUCCUUCAUCAACAUUAAGAUUUGAUCAUCAAAGCUGAAUUAACCGUCAGAAAAAACUUUUGAUCAUCCGCAACAUCCUCGAAUUUCUAUUGGUUGAUCGAAGAGAGAGAAAAAGUUCUCCAAAAAAAAUAAUAAUGGAAUCAUCACCAUCAGUAGUAGCAAAUCCCGUCGCAAGCAGCUCAAACAGAGCAAGAGAAUCAAGGCGUCGGAAAAAGAAGAUGAAAAUUUCUCAACAACAAUCAUCUUCACAAUCUCUCUCUUCUACAAACCCUAACAAUGGCGACAUUCAAACAUUUUCCUGGAAAUCCGAAAAAACUCAACAAAUAUACUCAACUAAGCUUCUUCAAGCUCUCCGUCAAGUUCGAAUCUCACCGUCAACGUCAUCGUCAGCGUCAUCAACACCGUCUUCGGCGGCUACGCCACGACCAAGCCGGAUUGUUCGAGAAGCCGCCGACAAAGCCUUAGCAGUGGCGGCGCGUGGGCGAACGCGUUGGAGCCGAGCCAUAUUGAAGAGCCGAUUUCGGCUUAGCUUCCUACACAAGAAGCUUCACAAACGGCAGCGUGUUACGGGAACCGGGGUUAACCGGUCACCGCCACAGAGGAAGCCGAGGAUAGAGAUAUUGAAGCUGAAGGGAAAAGGUAACCGGUUACCGGAUGUUCAAAGGAAGGUGAAGACUCUUGGUAGGUUGGUUCCCGGUUGCCAGAAAGAGCCACUUCCGGUGAUUCUAGAAGAAGCGACGGAUUAUAUACCGGCGCUUGAGAUGCAGAUUCGUGCGAUGAGAGAGAUUCUGUCUCGGCUUAGCACCGGUAAUAGGGAUGGUGAAGGGUCAAGUUCCGAACCCGCGGUCGCGCCGGAAACGGGUUCGGUUUAGUUUCGUUAUUGUUAUUGUUAUUAUUAUUGUUAUUAUUAUGUAUAAAAAUCUUUGUUUGAUUUAUAGGGUAGUGAUGUUUUUAAUUUGUUAUUCACCAAGAAAAAUGGUAAUUACAGAUUAUCCUGUUUGUUUUUAUUUAUCCAUAUGGGAGGUAGAAAGAAAACAUUUGGUGGUAAAUAAUCUAACAUCACAUUUUCGGAAUGUGGAUUUUAUA